GGGGGCGGCACCCCAAGAGUUCAAAACCCCACAUGGGCUACUGAAAUCAAAUUGCCACACUUCAAAGUUUCCCUAAAAGUCAAACAAUUAGCCUCCCCCCCUCCAUAUCCUCACCUUAUAAAUAGAAGCCAAACACCAUCAUCAGCUUCUCCAAGCACACUCUGAACCAUCAUUAACUUCUCCAAAUCGACACACUCACACUCGAAAAGCUGGUCUCCUUUUGCUAAAGCCCCCAUUAAACCUCGUCGAUCACGUAUUCAAGAGCAACCGGUAAACAUGAGGCUAACACGAGUAGUAAAUAAGGCGGUCGUCAUCCAGUUCCUUCUCUUUGCCUUCUUAUUGAUCUCUGCGACAUGGGGGAGGCCGUUGAAUGAAGGAUCUCAUUCUUCUUCGAUUCCUUCUUCUUCUUUAAGGUUUCAUGGAGAUGUUGUGAGAGGUUUCGAGGUCGUCUUGGAGUCGAUGUCCAUCGGGGCAGUCAAGAAGUCGGGCCCAAGCCCUGGUGGCGGUGGGCAUCGGCUCCCGACAACGCUAGGAGGCAUUAAGAACUCUGGUCCCAGCCCGGGUGGCGGUGGGCACAGGCUUAAGGAAACACUAGGAGCGACUAAGAACUCCGGCCCAAGCCCUGGGGAGGGCCACAGUGCCGUCUCUGGGAACAAGCAUUGACUUUCUUUAAUGGAAAUGAUCGCCUCCAAUUUCUUGAUUCCAAUUCAUAAAUUAAUUUCUUUUUCCAUUAUUCAAAUAGUUUAUCUGUGAGUACUGUUCCCUGAAUGGGUAGUUUUGUUGUCUAAAAUUCAUAAUGUAGUGAUAUCCUUUUCUUCUUUCAAUUUAA